AUUACCCUUAAUCAUGCGGUGAAAUCAAGACUCAAACUUUGCCUUCUGUUUAACUUUCAAGGCUAAAAUUAUUAAACCAAUGAAUUGAUUUGCUUGUGUAAAUAGGCACAAAGUGAGCUAUAAUGAAUGCUGAAACUAAUGCACAGAAUAUACCAAAAUUCACCUUAAUCUUGUGGUAAUGUGAUAUCAGGACUUAAAAUGGUCAUUUUGGCAUUACCAGUUAAGGAAUAGUGGUAGCACAAAAAUGGCAUAAAACUGCAGUGCUGUUGAUGUUACUGCUCUGGUGGCUGAGUCUGUAAACGUAAGGCUUGUGGCUCUCGGAAGUCAUAAACGGACUACAUAGCAAAGGCAAAGAUAGAUUGUAGUGGGCAGAACCUCUAAAUUUUAUACAUGUAAGUCUUAACAGGAAGUACAGCAACCAGGUCAAAGGCUGAAUGGACCAUUAUGAGUGGGUAAAGCAGACACGUGUUUUUGCCCCUCUGUAGUCUUCAUUCUCUUAGUGUCACUUCCUUCUUCACUGCACACACACAAACAGCAGGCAGCCUCAGUACUUUAGAAGGAGUACCUGCUGACUAACGGCUCAUCCGGAUUAACCUGAACCCUUACCACAUAAAGAUGGAGUUUGCUUGCAGUCAUGUUGUAUGUAACUGGAGGUCUGGGAGUCUAACAGAGGGUGAAAUUGGCCAAUCAGAAGUUUUAAAUCAAGGGCUUUCCUCCACACUGUCCUGUGGUUUGUCCAGGACACAUUCCGAGCAUCCUUAUGACAACCGCAUUGCUGUCAUUCCAGAACCAAUGCCUUCUUUAACGCCACCACCGGUACCUCCUCGUCAGUCAAUACAAAAAAAUCGCCCAAGACCCACCUCACUGCCACCCCCAGUACCUCCUCGAGGGCCAGAGGCAAAAGGACAGCCUCACCUUAAAGCAAAUGUAAACGUAGUGUCUCUCAAGAUAGGAAGUUUGGUGGACAUCAACAAAGCCUCCAGCAUCCAAAGCAACCAGAAACCCGUGUACUGUGGAAAAUGUAGAGCAGUCAUGUCUUCUGUUAGCAUCACACAAACCAACCCAAAUUCAGCAGAAUGGUGCUGUGAAUUCUGCAGUAACCAGAAUGUCCUCUCACAGAGUGAGCUGAAAAUGGGCCGUUCUCCUCUUUCGACUCCUCGAGGCAGAGACGUGCUUUAUGUUGACGAUGAGACUGAUGACGACUACAUGAACUUGGAGAACAUGCUGGUGAUCUUCUGUGUAGACAUUUCUGGAAGCAUGAGCGUCACUUCUGAGGUGUCUCCUGGUAACAGCAUGAGAUCACCCACAUAUGUAUCACGGCUGCAGGCUGUUCAAGAGGCCCUGCAGAUGGCGUUGUCCUCCUUGCUGAAAUCUUCACCUCACCGACGGGUGGCAAUAGUCACCUUUAAUGAUGAGGUGACAGUGUAUGGGGAUGGGACGGGGGUUCCUCUCUCUCUGCGGGACUGGGCUCUGAUGGACUAUGACCAUAUCAGGGAGCAGGGAGAGAAGUACUGCACACCACACUGCAUCGCAGAGACCUUCCACAGCCUCACACAGAGAGUCAAGGAAUUAAGAGAGCAUGGAGCCACAGCCCUGGGCCCUGCUGCACUCAUCUCUAUUGCCAUGGCCUCUCAGUUCACAGGGUCAAAGGUGAUAAUUUGCACAGAUGGCCGGGCCAACAUAGGCCUGGGUCAGUUAGAACAGGAAUCCCCCAAUUCCCCUCCACCCUCACCAUAUUUGUACAACCAGUUAGCCAAUCACGCUGCAGAAAAAGGAGUGAUUGUGUCAGUACUGACAUUUGAAGGGGAAGACUGUCGUUUGGCAGAAGUGGGGAAGCUAGCUGACCACACAGGAGGCAGAAUCAAUAUAGUCAACAUUGGUACAGUUGCCACGGAAAUUCAGACUGCUUUGGCUGACAAUGUCUUAGCAACUAAUGUUGUAGCAACUCUACUGGCACCUGAGGGCUUGUAUUUUCCUUUUGAGGAAGACAACCACAGGCUGGUGAGGGAGAUCGGUAAUGUUACAGAUGGAUUGGAGAUCACGUUCCAGUUUGCUAUUAAAGCAGACAAAGUGGACACCUUCCUGAGAAAGGACAGAGUGCCCUUCCAGCUGCAGCUGUCUUUCAAGACUCGAGACUUAAAGAAAGUGACCAGAGUCAUCACUCAACAGAAGCGUGUGACCACGAGCAGCUGGGUAUGGGCAGGUAGCCUGAACAUGUCCGUGCUGGGGGUUCACUGUGCCCAGCUGUGUGCCCGGCUCACCAUGGAGGGCAGGAUACUGGAGGCCGAGAGGCAGCUCAAAGCACAGCAAGACCUUUUCAAAGACAUCAGUCAACAGAAGCCAAGCCCUAAAGAGGAGAGUAUCUAUGGAAACUGGAUCAGUACCAUGAGAACGAUCUGUAAAGACCUCGCCGUAGACGCACAGGAGGAGAGCAGACCCUCCACCACCUCUACACCAAGCCAAGCAUCUGCCAAAGGUUUGUCAGAUGAGGCGGCGAAUGUGGUGUACCAGAUGAAGAGGGCACAAAGCGUGGGUGAGAGUAACCAGAAGAAAGCCCUGUUGGAAAGCUGAUCAUAAAGUGACUUCAUUGGCAAAAUCAUUAAUGACUUUGAAACGAAGACUAGAAGACAGUCAAAUGCAGCUCAGAUUCAUUUUAUACCUCUUUGUGUAACCCCUUAAUGUAAUAUUUUAC